AUGAAAGCUUCAUUGAAAUUUCGAGAAAAUCAAAACCCAAUUGUCAAAGCCAAAAUCCCAUUAAACACAUUAGGUUUCCCAUUCCGGUCUAGUAUUGAAACCGGUACUAGUGAUGCCAAAGACAAUGAUUUAUGUUUGAGUUUCAGUACCUUUUUCCAAUCCGGACCGGUUCUGAAGCUGUUUUAUCGGCCCAAUGAUUCAGACCGGCCUUUCGGGUUGGUUGUGAAAACCGGCGUCGGAUCUCUAGGUUCUCCUAUUGAAGCACCCAUGACCAUGAGUGCUGAGUUUAAUUUUCUACGUAAUGGAAGCCCUAGUUUUUUCCUUCAAUUUAAACCUCAAUUGGGUAACUUCUCAAUCCGUAGAUCGGUCAGUUCGAAGAAAAUCGAAAACGACGACGUACAGAGCAACAAUAUUGUUUCUAAGGAUGAAGAGGUUCCGGAGAAGAAGAGCGGGAAAAUGACAUGGGCUGAUUUGUUUGUGGCGGAGGAAGCGGCGGAGGGAUUAUUUGGCGGGGAAAUACACGCGAGAACGGUGUUUCCGAUAGUGCAUAAAGUGGUGGGGAAGAUAGGAUGGAGUUUGAAGUUCCCGGCGACGGAGAGUGAUUUCCCGAUGGGGAAAAUGCCGUACAUGGUGGUUAACAAAUUGGGGAUCGAACACGUGUGGAAGGAUAAGGCGGGGAUAAACCGAAAUUCACGGUGGAGUGAUGGUGACAUGGCUGGGACGUGUUUGGCACUGAAGAAAGAGCUGGGUAAUUUGGAGUCGGAGAAAGAGUCUUUGUGGAAAGAACUGUCGGAGUUGAAAUCGGCGAUCUCCGCCGUGAAGUUUGUGCCGGCCGCCGGUGGUAGAAAGGUGACGAGAAUGAUAGAGAGAUUGAAAAGUAGAAAAGGUCGUAGAAGUGGCGAGAUUAACAAGAAUGGUGCAGUUAAUACCGUGUGA